AUGAGAAGAAACAGCUAUAAAGCAGCAGUUAUAAUUCCGCCUUUCGAGACAAGACACCUCAAACAUCACGCAUCAGAUCAAUUUCCUACAGCUCACAAAGCCCACCUACCCAUUCUCUCCAAGACUCCGACACCAAUCAUCGCCGCCAAGAUGUACUUCUCCAAGCAGAUCCUUACUGUGGUUACCGCUCUCCUGUUCGCCAGCGCUGGUGUUCAGGCCGGUUGCACGACCGAAAGCCCCGGAACUCAGGGUUUCAACGGCGGCAAGUGCAACUCUAACAAGGUUUUCUGCGGUAACGCGCCCUCUGGUGGCUACGGCAUCACUUGUUGCGACACCAAAGCCUGCGAAUAG